UUGUUAACAUCAAACACUUCACUCCUGUUUCUUGAAUCAAUUAGGUUGUACCAAUGGAGCAAUCGCGUUUAUAUAAGAGGAGAUAAUGAUACAGGAAUCACUGGUUGUAUACAUGAAGGCUGUAAAAAUACUACAAUGAUAAAUCCAGUAAAAUGUAAUUUUUGCCCACAAGAGUAUUGUGCAGAAUGUUAUAGUGAUAUGGUAGACAUGGAGAAAAUAUGUUUAUGUGAUAAUAAAGUUGUAAAAGUUCCACAGAAAAAUUCAGUUCCCCAGACAAAUCCAGUUCCACAGACAAAUUCAGUUCCCCAGACAAAUCCAGUUCACGUUGAUGAUGAUGACGACUUCAGCGAAUUACAUGAGACAUACUCAGUGGACGAGACAAUGUUAUCGAACGGAAAUGAAGAUGAUUUUGAAGCUCAAUUGGAGUAUGUAAAACAGCUGUCAUUAAACGAAAGUAGAGCAAAUCCCCGUGAAAAUGACACUUUUGACGAAGAAUUAAAAUUGGUUUUAGAGUUGUCAUUGAACGAUAAAAAUGGAGCAGGCAUGUCUGAUGGCGAUACGUUAUCUGAUGAUGUAUUGGCUGAAUUUAAAAAUAUGGAAAAUGGAAAGAAACCCAAAGUAUGCAAUUCAUGUCAAUAUAGUAGGGGGGAAAUAGACAGCACAUAUUGUAACGUACACUUGUUUUGCUCGGUAUGCAAAAAAAAUGCAAUGGAAGCUAAUCCAGAAUGCGUACUUUGUCAAUGUGAUAAACUUAACGUAUAACAAGCCUAACUGCAAUACAGAUUGAAUCAUUACAUUUUAUUUGAUACAUCAUGUAAAUUAACAUAAAUUUAUUUACAAAUUCAAAAAAAAAGUUUAAAUUAAUUCAUUAACAGUAAAAAAGUGUUAUUCUUUCAUAAAAACUAAUUUUAUUAUAAAGGAAUUAUUAAUAAA